AUGGAGGGCGAGCCUUAUUAUCAUUUCAUACACCGCAGCACCAGGCAGAAAGCCUUAAGCAGACACUGGGGCUGGAACAUGCGCCUGACAAAAGAUCCAAAGGUCCUCUGGUUUGAGCAGCAAACCCUAAAGAGACGCACCAAGAGAAACGUCAGCGUGGUGCCAACAGAUCCCUGGUUCCAUGAGCAGUGGUAUAUGAACAAUGACAUCAGUCCCGACCUAAACAUCCUCACUGCGUGGAGCAAAGGCUACACCGGGCUGGGGGUUGUGAUGACCGUCCUGGACGAUGGGAUUGAGAAGGAUCACCCAGACCUGGCUGCCAACUAUGACCCCCUGGCAAGUCACGACUUCAACAGCAAUGACCCCGAUCCCCAGCCCAGGUACAGCACUGGGGAUGAGAACCGGCACGGGACACGCUGUGCAGGAAGUAUGGCAGCUGUAGCCAACAACGGAAUUUGCGGCGCAGGAGUUGCAUACAACGCCAAAGUGGGAGGUGUGCGGAUGCUGGACGGUCCCAUCACGGACAUGGUGGAGGCCCAGUCCCUCAGCCUGCGUCCCCAGCACAUCCACAUCUAUAGCGCCAGCUGGGGCCCUGAGGAUGACGGGAGGACCGUGGAUGGGCCGGGCGUGCUGGCCACGGCAGCCCUCGAAGGAGGGGCCACCAAAGGACGAGGCGGCCUCGGCUCCAUCUUCAUCUGGGCCUCAGGCAACGGUGGCAUGAAUUACGACAACUGCAACUGCGACGGCUACGUCAACAGCAUCUACACCCUGGCGGUGGGCAGCGUCCUGGCGGACGGGCAGCGGCCCUGGUACAGCGAGAGCUGUGCCGCCAUCCUCACCACCACCUACAGCAGCAGGGCCAUGGGCCAGACGCAGAUCGUGACCACCGACCUGCACCACCGCUGCACCGACAAGCACAUGGGCACCUCUGCCUCGGCCCCGCUGACUGCGGGAAUGGUCGCUCUCGCACUGGAGGCCAACCCAGUGCUGACCUGGCGGGACCUGCAGCACCUGGUGGUCAGGACCUCCAAGCGCGCUCACCUGUGGGCCGACGACUGGGCCUUGAACAGCGUUGGACGCUGGGUGAGCCACCACUAUGGCUACGGGCUGCUGGAUGCUGGGCUGCUGGUGGAGACAGCCAAGGCGUGGACGGGAACGCGGCCCCAGCGGAAGUGCUCGGUCAAGGCUCUUUACGCCCCUCGGAACAUCGGCUCCAAGCUCACCGUCUCCACCGCCGUCUCCUGCUCCAGCAGGACCAAGCGCAUCCUCUCGCUGGAGCAUGUCCAGGUCCAGCUUUCGCUGAGCUACAGCCGCAGAGGGGAUCUGGUGAUCGCCCUGACCAGCCCCAUGGGCACCACCUCCACGCUGGUCAGCAUGCGCCCCUAUGACACCAGCCAGCAGGGCUACAAGGACUGGACCUUCAUGUCCACCCACUUCUGGGAUGAGAACCCAAAUGGGACCUGGACGCUGCAGCUGGAGAACAAGGGUGAUGCCUACAACACAGGGGUGCUCACCAACUUCACCCUGCACCUCUAUGGCACAGAUGAGUACAUGAUGGCCCGGCGCCCCGCAGUCUCUGCUACAGCCGAGUGCCUGAAGCGGGACACGCAGGGAGCGUGCGAGGAGUGCAGUGGAUCCCUGUAUGCCUUUGGGCGCUUCUGCCUGUCCUACUGCCCACCACGCUCCUACGGACAGACCCGUAGAGCCACCCCAGCCACUGCCACCCGCGUCUGUGCCAGCUGCCACCCCUCCUGCUACACGUGCCAAGGUGCUUCAGCCAACAACUGCACCGCCUGUGGCCCUGCCCACACCUUCGACAAGCUCACCCACUCCUGCUCCCCACUGCAGGGCUCAUCCCUCACCGCAAGGCAGCACAAGAAGCUUAACCCCACCCUUCUCUGUGUGAUCGUGGUCCUCUCAGUCUUUCUCUGUGUAUUACGCCCUGUGUUCUUCCAUGCCAUCAAAAGAUAG